UGAGUGAAUAGGAACUCUUUCGAUUGCGUGUACAUUUUUAUUUUGUGAGUAACGAACGUAUUUUGACAUUACAACGCUUGCAGAGCUGUCUAGUAUGCAUCGGAGCUUCCAGAGCCUUGGAGAGGAGACAUGGCAUACCCAUCAUCAACAUCUUUAAAAGCAUAUACUGGGGCAGGAUCAGCCAGCUGUCAAAACCUGCGAACUUAUCAGCUGAGAAACAUGAACAUCUGUGUAAUUGCUUCAGAUGCAGACAGUGUUGUACAACCGACUUCUCAGAAUUAGUUUAAAAUGCUGCUCAACAUUCCCCUUGCACCUGGAGAAGAGGCAACUUACAUCAAAACAAAUUGAUCAACAUAAGUUGAACGGCAACGCAAAAACUUUGCAGCUGACCAUUGAGCUAUAAAAUAACAGAAUGACUACAUUACAUCCUCCCAAGUGAAAGAAUCUAGAACGUACCAUGUUGUGACAGAGGGGACACUUGUUAUUCUAAAUGUCACAAUGGGUCUAAAAGCGACUCGAAAACGCAAGGAAAGUUGUUAAAUAUAACGCACAUUUAGAAAAAGCUUUCAACAAAUAUUUUGCUAACGUUGUUUGGUCCAACAUUCACUUCAAUUAAAAAAAAACAAUCAACGGCCACACCCCCAAUCCCCUGUUUCUGAGAGUCUGAUGGUAAAUGCAGGAAAGACCGCCAUUUUGCAAGCUAGAAGUACAAGUCUAAAAGUGAGCUGGUGAAGAAAAUAAUCGAAAUAAUAAGCCACCAAACAUACACUUAGCAAAUACAGAUAACACACUGUGUUGGCUGAACACAUAGGUAGUCGCAUUUAAAGUUAAGACAUCACACAGGAUAAAGGGGGAAGAACCAUUACCUACGUGACAAGCAAACCCAGGUGGUUGUGAAAGGCACUGGAUGGAUAGUAUCGACGCUGAGGGCUUGUACCUGUCCACGGAGCAGCAUGGGCAGCCACAAUGUGAGCUUCCCCAAACUGCCCUGGAGGUGCCCACCAUGGGGGGGGCGAAGAAGAUGAACGGGACCCUGGACCACCCGGACCAGCCCGACAUCGAUGCUAUCAAGAUGUUCGUUGGCCAGAUCCCACGGUCCUGGGCAGAGGAACAGCUGCGGGAGCUUUUUGAGCCUUACGGCGCCGUCUACGAAAUCAAUGUCUUGCGUGACAGGAGUCAAAACCCCCCCCAAAGCAAAGGUUGUUGUUUCAUAACAUAUUACACUCGCAAAUCUGCAUUGGAAGCACAAAAUGCUCUUCACAACAUGAAAAUUCUCCCAGGGAUGCAUCACCCCAUUCAGAUGAAGCCAGCUGACAGUGAGAAGAAUAAUGCGGUUGAAGACAGGAAGUUGUUCAUAGGAAUGAUAUCAAAAAAGUGUAAUGAGAAUGACAUCAGACUUAUGUUCUCACCGUACGGACAGAUCGAGGAAUGUAGAAUACUACGUGGGCCGGAUGGACUGAGCCGUGGUUGUGCGUUUAUAACUUUUACAGCAAGACAGAUGGCACAGUCAACAAUCAAAUCCAUGCACCAAUCACAAACUAUGGAGGGCUGCUCGUCUCCCAUCGUAGUGAAGUUUGCUGACACGCAGAAGGACAAGGAGCAAAAGCGCAUCACCCAGCAGCUUCAGCAGCAGAUGCAACAGCUCAACACUGCCUCAAUGUGGGGGAAUCUGACCGGGCUCAACUCUCUUGGACCACAGUAUCUGGCACUUUAUUUACAGCUCCUCCAGCAGUCUGCCACCUCUGGGAAUGCCCUCAACAACCUUCAUCCCAUGUCUGGUAUGUCAGGGCUGAAUGCCAUGCAGAACCUGGCUGCCCUGGCAGCAGCGGCCAGCGCCACACAGGCCACGCCCACGGGCAGCAGCGCUCUCACCACCUCUAGCAGUCCCCUCAACGUGCUCACCAGCUCAGGUACGAGUACUGGACAGCAGGCACACUCAUCAUGGGACGCCUACAAGGCAGGAUCGUCACCUACCUCCUGUAACAACAACUCAAUGAACCCCAUGGCCUCCUUAGGGGCGCUGCAGUCUUUGGCCGCAGGGGCUGGAGCCGGCCUCAACAUGGGCUCACUUGCAGAGCUCCUGUGUCUAGGGAUGGCAGCCCUGAACGGCGGUCUAGGCAGCGGGGGCCUGUCGAACGGAACCAGUAGCACCAUGGAGGCCCUUACCCAGGCCUACUCUGGGAUCCAGCAGUACGCUGCUGCUGCCCUCCCCAGCCUCUACAACCAGAGCCUGCUCUCCCAACAGAGUGUCAGUGCUGCAGGAAGCCAGAAGGAAGGCCCUGAGGGAGCCAACUUGUUCAUCUACCACCUCCCCCAGGAGUUUGGAGACCAGGAUCUGCUCCAGAUGUUCAUGCCCUUUGGCAACGUUAUUUCCGCUAAGGUGUUCAUUGACAAGCAGACCAACCUCAGCAAGUGUUUUGGCUUUGUGAGUUACGACAAUCCAGUCUCAUCCCAGGCCGCCAUUCAGUCGAUGAACGGUUUCCAAAUUGGCAUGAAGCGACUAAAGGUGCAGCUGAAGAGAUCCAAAAAUGACAGCAAGCCAUAUUGAAUGCUUUCUCUCAAUUGGACUUGGUUAGGAUUUUUUUUUCCUUCUGAUAUCUUCGUGCCCGUUUGUUCAUCGUUUGCCUAGCAUGUUGAUGUGACGUCAAAAGUUCAUCGUCCAGUUCGUUGUCCUCCACUUCUAUGGCGCUUGAAAUGUUCACCUUUUUGGCGUUUAUUGGAGAAUGUUUUUGUUUGUUCUGUUUCUCUUUUGUCCUUUGUGCUGCCAAUAGGGUGCGCUAGAAAGACUGCCAAGAAAAUAAAUGUAUAAAGCUACAUUAGUUGUUACAAGCAAAAAAGAUAAUCUAUUUUUUCGAGAACUUACUGGCAUAACCACUAGAUUUUUCCAGGUCUUUUUUUUUUUACUUUAUUUUUUUUGUAAUUUAUUUUGCCUUCAUAGUAAACUCGUUUAUUUUUCCCUAUAUGUUUUGAGCAGUCUUCCUAGCGCCCCCCACACUACAUUUUUGUUUUGUGUCUGAAAGCAACCAAUCAAUUUAUAGAAACUACUUUUGCGUGUGGGUGUUAUUUCUCUUGUAAGUUCUAAGCUUUUUUUAGGAUGUCUGGUCAUAUUCUGGGGAUGACUUUGUAAUUUUGUGUUAGGUUAGUUGGUAUGAGGGUAAUUUUUGGGGAGUGUCUAAUGAGUGACAACGAUAUACACUUGAAUCACCGUUUUUGUCUUUCAGUGUGUGAAGUCAUCACAGGCACAUAAUGUUUUCAUUUCCUUUUGUGUGGAAAUCCUCCUUAGUCUGAAUAAUAAAAUAUACAAAAUGAGCAGAAUUGAGUUUCUUUUCAGUUAUAUAUAUUUAGCAUGCACUUUUUUUUGUAACUUCACUGAAAUCCUCAGCAAAAUGUGAUUGACUUUAAUAGAAUUUAAAAAAAGUUAGGAAUAAACUAGUGCCAAGUGAUGCUGGUGGUCACAUUUAUCUCUUACACGUUGCCCUUUUGAAGUUAAGAUCUGGGCAACAAAAGUAUGGGUUGGUUUCUUUUUCAACGUUGAUGUGGUGGGUUGUACCUCGUAGGUUUUCGUGUGUUUAGACUGAUUUUUAAAGACCCCUAUUUUAUAUUAGGACUUGAGGUGAAGUUAGGUGUUGGAAUUAUUUAGAUUUUUCUGUAGUACAAGUAUUCCCUAAACUAGAUAACCAGGUUAUAAAGCAUGUGCCCUUAAAGGCUUAUUUGUUUCAACUUUGGGAUUAAUUAUGUUGGGUUGGGAGUGUUUGUCUCAUAAUAAAGGCUAAACACUACCUUUUCAUACAGUUCCUGAAACUUUGUAUUUUACUCCCACAGAGCAGUUUUUAUUAGCAUACAUUUGUCGUUAAUAUAGUUGUAUUGCAUUGGCACAGUGUGUAGCAUGUGAAGUGAUGUUUUAUCUGACCUGAGUUUGCCGGAUAACUUUAGGCAUGUUAAAUGUGUGUCGUUGUGCAUUAAUGUCAUCAAUUUGCUUUUCUUGGGCUUUACUUAUGAAUCCCUACUACUGUCAUCAUUUCAGUGGUCCACAUGUAUACAAACCAUUGUCUUUGCAGUAGUUAACAUGGCUCCAUCCCUGUUUAACAUCAGGGCCCUCUACUCAAACUAGGAUUGGGUUUUAGAAAUGGAACCUCUAACUACGUUAUAGAACUGUCACAUGUUCUGUACUCAAGAACUACCCUUUAUUUUCACCAUUUAAAACCACUUCUCUGGGUUAUUGAUCUCCUGUUGUUCAACAAAAAAUGUGUUGGAUGGAAUCUCCUUAAAUGAAUUGACCUGCAGAGAAAAUACAGACUCAUUUGGAUUGACUGGGCUCAUUUAAUUUUAAUAUUAUGUGACAGAUUGUAUUUCCAGAUUUGUCAGCUGCUAGGUCUGAGUUUAAAUGUGAUCCUAGAAAAUAAACCUGUUGGAUAUUUUUUGCAUUAUUAUUGGUACAAAGUGACUGAUUUUCUAUUUAACUUUUGGUUUCUACGGUUUCCUUUUCUACUAGAACAAAGUUAUUAUAUUUCACAAUGUGAUAUUGAAAUUCAAAAGUUGAAACAUGUAGAGCUUAGUUGCCACAUGACCAAACCUUAGUCUGUACAGCUGUAAUAUUGAUAAGAAUGCAAUUCUGUGAAGUCGCCUUUCGUUGAAUUCAAUUGACUUUUCUUUCUGUAUAUUUUUGUUUUGUUUUACAAUGUUGUGAUUUUGCUGUGAGACAUAGACAUUGCUGAAUUUAUUAGAUGGCCAAAACAGUUGCUUUUUUAAAUAAUUUCAGUUCGAUAUUGUCUUUGAAAUGUUUUUGAUUUAAGGAUAACACUUGUCUCCACAGGCGUGAAGCUAAGUGCACACUCAAUAAGCAGUCGUUUUGUGAGCCAAAAUUGUGAUCCCUAUUUGGUUGGUUUGUUUAUGUACAAUUAAAAUGUUUAAAAAAUUCAUAUAAAAA